UCAUUAGGGUUUAUGGUCAUUCUUUGCCCUAGCUCCUAGGUUUUGCAAGGCGCGGGGACCAUGGCGGACAUUCUGCCCAACGAGACGAUCUACAUCAAGAAUCUCAACAGCAAGGUGAAGAAACAGGAGAUGAAGAGGGCAUUGCACGCGCUAUUCUCUGCCUAUGGCCGGAUACUCGAUGUGGUGGUGUGCAAGACGCCCAAGUUGCGCGGCCAAGCGUGGGUUGUCUUCAACGAAAUCCCGGCUGCCACCAGCGCUCUGCGGCACAUGAAGGAGUUCCAGCUCUUCGACAGGCCCAUGGUAAUACAGUAUGCCAAGUCCAAGUCCGAUGCUAUCAUCAGCCUUACCGACGACUCGUAUGCUCCAAAGGAGAAGAGGAGAAAGACGGAAGAUAAAGGAGUGGACAAGAAGAGAAAGGACCAGGAGCAGCCCCAGGCAAAUGGUGCCACUCCAGCACACGGUCAUGUGUAUGGUGCAGCUCCGCCUCCUGUGAAGCCUGGGACUCAGGAGCCAAACAGCAUCCUUUUCAUCCAGAAUCUCCCCGACGAGACCAGCGGGCCGAUGCUGGAGAUGCUCUUCACUCGGUACCCCGGCUUGAAGGAUGUGAGGAUGGUGGACGGCAGGCCCGGCAUUGCCUUUGUGGAGUACUCGGACGAAGGACAGGCAACCGUGGCGUUGGAAGCGCUUCAGAGCUUCAAGAUCACUGCCAAUCACGCCAUGGUCAUCUCGUAUGCCAAGAAAGGCUGAGAGCUGACGAAACGCAAACGCAACCAAGUUUUGAAGGUGUCGUAUCUCUCUCGCUUUUCUCUCUUUGUAGCAGUACAAUGGCAUAGAUCUCUAACACAGGAGCGUUUUGGUUUGAGCAGCGCUACGCUAGUAUUGCUAUGAUUGAUGUGAUGGUGUUUCAAUCUCCCCGGAGAAAAGUUUUAUUCUCGGGAGCAAAAAGAAGGGCUGGAUUUUUCACGUGACUGGGAAUCCAGCUUUGAUAUUCAAGGCUGCGUGGCUCCCAUUUUCAAUCUUAUAAACAUGCAAGCAAGUCCACUAGCGUUCUCGGCGA